CGUCGCUUACCUCCCGCACAGCAUUCCACUCAAGUACCAGCUUGCACCUUCGUGUUCUUUUUCCUGCGCGUGCAUCCACUACCUUCCCAUUCUCGACAUCACUGUAUCAUGGACACCAAGGCCCCACUCUCACUCGACGCCUUCAUAAAGCUGGCCUUCUGUCUAGAAGGCCGAGACAAACUUUCCAAGAUGCUGCAAUAUGGCAGUCGAGCGCUGGCCUUCUACGUCUUGUCGGCUGACCCUAAGAGCGACGUGGGUCAGCGUCUACACGCGCUCUACAAAGUCAUGCAGCAGUCUCGUAAGGCAUUUCGCCUUGGAAAGAGCGUCACGUACUACAAGAAACUGCAAACGCUGUCCGGUAGCAAGAGUCUCACUG